CAGGAGGCGGCGGGAUGGAGCACGCACCCGCUCACGCACGACUGGUGGCAGCCGACAGUGGAGGCCUUGCAGCAAGCGGACCCCGUGCCAGCCGAGACCUUCGCCCAAGGGCUGGAGUUCGCAGGGGCCAGCCCAGGGGCGAUAUAUGCCGUGAUCGCCGCUGGGGGCGGAGCACGCCCUGGACACGUGCACCUGCCGCCUGUGGUCAGAGCGCUGGCGGACAGCGCUGGCUACAUCGACAACCUCGCCCAGGACCUCUUGCUCGAGCUCUUCGGGGGGGUCGUGCUGGCGCGGGGGAGGGGGGCGCUGGACGCGACAGACGCAGCAUCUGUGCUCCGGGCCCGCGUGCCAACCCUCCAACGGGCGCCGGCGUUCGUGCGGGGGCCGCUCCGCAACGCCUUGCGCAAAGCUUUGGAGCUGAUCCGAGAGGGCGAAGCAGACGAGACAGGAGCAGCGAGAGGGUGGAAGCUGUUCCUCCUGCUCCCACGACUGCUCUUGCGGAGAGAGGCGGGGCAGCAAAGGAUCCCCAAGGAGCAUCUCCUGGAGAGGUUCACCCGCUUCGAGGCUGGAGACUGGGCGCAGCUUCUGACAGAAGCACAGCCGGGCCCGCCGCGCAGGCCGCCCGAGCGAGACGCGAACGGGCAGAGCAGGGCGCCCGAGGCACGACGGGGCCGGGCGCCAGACGAAAACGAGGAGCUCCGCAGCCGUUGCGAGAGGGCCCGCGAGCUGAUCCGCCUCGGCGAGGUCUCGGCGGCGCGGCAAGCGCUGACAGCGAGCGCGGUGGCACCGGGCACACAGGCCACUCUGGACGAACUCAGGGACCCAGCACGCCGCCUGCAGCAGCCGAGAGAGCAGCUCAGCGAGCGAGCCGCCCGCGCGCCGCCGCAAGGCCUCGCCAGCCUGGAACCAGACCGCCUCCUCACGAACGUGCGCAGGAGGAUGACGGGAGAACACUUGCAGACGCUGCUGGACGACGAGCACUGCUGCGACCUCCUGCACCACGCUGCCACGCUCCUUGCGAGGGCGGAAAUCCCUUGCCCCGUGGCAGAGGCCAUCCUGGAAGAACACCGCCGCUUGCUCGCGAGGAUACCACACGUCGGGGACCUGCAAUCCUCGUGGCUCCUGCUCAGCAUGUGCGCCAACCCCUGGGCCAACUUCUUCCUGAGGGCGCUGGCUCCCGAGGACACGGCCGCCUUCGCCGCAGCGCACGACGACAACCUGGCCAACGCGCUCGCCGACUUGCUGGAACCCCCGCAAGAAGCUGUCGCAGAAGGCACGUCAGCGCGCCAACGCUGCCAACUGCCGCUUUGCAUGGGAGGGCUCGGCUUGCGAAGCGCGUCCAGGACGGCGCCGGCGGCCUGGUGGGCUUCCUGGGCAGACUGCGCGCAGAUGCUCCGCGAACGCUGCCCCGAGCUCACAAACCAGAUCUGCGCAGCACUGAGCGAGCUGGACCGGGGCCCGCUGCCGGCCGCUCCCGGGUGCUUACAACAAGCCAACAGGGCAAAGGAGCACCUCUCGGCACACGGCUUCGCCGCGCCCAACUGGCACGACCUUGCGCAGGGCGCCCGGCCACCGCCGACGCACGAACGGGAGCACGGCGAAUGGGCGCACGGCUGGCAGUUCUGGGCCGCCAGAGUCUUGGAGAACACAGCCCGACAGCAGCUCCUCAACGCCUCCACGCCACCGGACCGCGCCCUCCUCCGGUCACAGAGCGGGCCGUGCGCGGGGCGAGCCUUCACCGCGCUGCCCACGACGGGGGACUUCCACAUCCCGCCGGCAGAAUUCAGAGUCCUGCUCCUCAGGCGCUUGCGAUUUGAUCUACCCUUCGCAGCGAGCGCUUGCAGAUGCAGAGGCAGACUGGACGCCAGAGGUGACCACAGAGCGGCGUGCCCAAGGGCAGGGGUGCUCAAGAAGAGAUCCAUCCCAUUGGAGAAAGCGGCUGCACGUAUCUGCCGCGAGGCCGGGGGCCGAGUCGCAGAGAACCAGCUCCUGCGAGACCUCAACGUGGACGGCGUCGACCCCCGCGACGGGCGCAAGAUCGAGGUCAUCGCGAUCGGCCUGCCGCUCUGGGGAGGAGCGCAGCUGGCGAUUGACGCGACCCUGGUGUCGCCAGUCCGCACCGACGGCACCGCGCAGCCCAGAGCCGCGGACGAGGACGGAGUCCAGCUCGCGGUCGCGCGGGGCCGGAAGGAAGCGACCUACCCCGAGCUCAUCGGGUCAAGGAGAUGCCGAUUGGUCGUGCUGGGCUUGGAAGUCGGCGGCAGGUGGUCCGAGGAGGCCCUGACCUUCGUCUGGCUGCUCGCCAGGACCAGAGCCCGCAGCGCGCCGCAGCGACUCCGAGCGUCGGCGCGGGCGGCGUACCUACACCGCUGGACAGGCUGGGCCGCGGUCGCGGCCCAGAGGGCGUUCGCGGCCACGCUGCUGGAGCUGCCGCCGCACACCCUGGCCGUCGACGGGGACGAGCCGCACCUCGCCGACCUCCUGGCGGACGCCCGCUACACGGAGACCUGCUUCUUGGCUGCUGGAGCAGAAACGGGCGGACGAUGGGACGAGGAAGCGUACAAGUUCCUCGUGGUCUUGGCGCGGGCCCGGGCCAGGGGCGCGCCAGCUGCGCUCCGAGGGUCGCUGACAACGGCGCUGCUGCACAGGUGGACUGGCAUGCUGUCCUUCGCCAUUCACGACGCCCUUGCGGCCAGCCUGCUAGAGGACGUGCCCAGCGAGACGCUAGCCACGGACGCAGAAGCACCCUGGCGAGGGGACCUCUUGUCGGCGCUCCCCUGA